CCUUCUAUUUACUCCCUGCGAUGCCCAAACCGACCCCAAAUGCCUUUCUCUAGACGCACUUCCCCACUGCGGGAGAGGUGAUGGAGUUCUACCUGGAGAUCGACCCUGUCACCUUGAACCUCAUCAUCCUUGUUGCAAGCUACGUCAUCUUGCUCUUGGUGUUCCUCAUCUCCUGCGUGCUGUAUGACUGCCGAGGCAAAGAUCCCAGUAAGGAAUGUGCGCCGGAGAGCACACUGAAAGCCCAGCCUUCCAUCCGAGUGGUGGUGACGCAGCACAGUGCUCAUGGAUCCCACUGGGCAAGGGGACCCAGCCUUCACUUUAAGGAUCCUGCUCCGAUAGGGAAGAAAAGCACGGUGGUGUGAGACUACAGAAGGGAUGCCGAGAAGAGACCAACAAAUGUAGCAGAAAACAACUGUCCCUGUUGUGGCUCCUGCCCUUCCCAGGCGCACGUCCUGAUUGGCUGAGGAAACGGAGGCUCUGUCUUACUAUCUGCCCGGCUGGCUGCUCUCCUUGUGAAUAAAACAACUG